GCCUCUGGUGUUGCUUGCUAUGCGACUACCGAAACCCGCGGACACGCUUAAUCAAACGGCACUUGUCCUCGAAUCAUGCCGGCCUCCGACCAUUUCGAUGUGGCUGCUGUCACAAGACAUCUUGCCAACAGCCUCAAUGAGAGUGGACUUGUUCUCAGCCGACUUAAUGCCAAUGGAGUUUCCGUUCAGAUUAACGUCAUCGAGGGCACUCCCUCAGCACAGCAACGACGUAUGGCGUCGCAGUCUCAAGAGCUGCUAAGCCAGCUUGGCCCACCGCAACAGACCUUAGCUCCCAUGGACGUCCUGGAUGCAUCGAAGAGCCCUACGCUACAAAGAUCGGAGCGGCUGUACAGUCAAAACAGUGGCCCCAGCGGCGCCAGCCUGGCUCAGGCAGGCGCAACUCAAGAUGAGACUGAAGUCGGGUCGUUGCCCGUGGGCGCGUUAAACUUCAAAGAGCACCUCAUGCGCGUCGGGGAGCUUCACCUAUGCAAGGUGUGCAAUUAUAGCAGUAAACACUACAGCCACGUGCGCCGCCACAUCAUCACCAUACAUCUUGGCGUCCGGCCAUUUAAGUGCAAUUACUGUCCGAUGUCGUUCUGUGACAACUACAAAAGAACCAGACAUGAACGCAAGAAGCAUCUUGGAGCCGUGGAGAAUCUACAAAUCAUGGCGCAUGUACCCUGUCCGCACUGUGGUGACCAGCUAACGUUGUUCGACCUUCAGCAUCAUAUGGCGACUCAGCAUGGAAUGACACUCAAUUCAAUUGUGUAGCGGAAGUCGCUGAACUGAUGAACCUAUCUAAACGACAGAUAUUUCCGUUGAAUCACAAGCUAGUAUCAGUAAAUGAUAACAGAAUACAGCAGAUGAAGAUACCGAUCGAAAACAAAGCAUAAUCGAUAUUUGGAAGACACUGUAAAUUUCUGUGAUUUACAAGUUUAGACUAAUACUAGACCUGCUGCGUGCAUAUCGUGAAAUUGUAUUUCAAUCAUACCUCGUAUUAACUUAAUUGAGUGCGACACAGAACGACCUUCCCAGAAGUAAAGUUGGCUGUACGUAACUAAAUGAGUGUUGUUUUUCAUACGCGCGCGUCUACGCGCGUAUCGUGCUACGGCCCAUUGACAAAGCAGUAAGCGUUCGAUGGGCGGACGUGUAUCAAUGGCCAUCUAAUUAAUGCCUUGCUCAGGGCGCAAGGUCCACCCGUAAUGAGACACGCGUAUCUCUGCAUUUACUCGACAUUUUAACGUAGGGCUAGUUAGACGGCUUAGUCAAGCCGGACCCAACGAGUGUUCAAACCGGUGAAUCAAUUUUUCAAACGUAUUAAGGUUUAUUUAUUAAUGACAAAUAACUAUUGAGCUCGAAACAGCUAAGGAUUGUUCUCCUGAAUGGUAAGUGGAUCCAAAUGGCACAUGAUUGAGCCCGACUGAUACUGAUCACAACAUCAGUCGCAGUAUUUUUGAUUGAGGGCAAACUGCGUAGCAAAUCUGUCUUAUAGUAAAUGCUAUAGUUUUAUAACAGGUAGUAUUUGUCGGUCAGGUUGGUACUAAAAAUGCAUACUAGUAGCAGCAGCAGCAGCAGCAGCAGCUAUAUUUUUUAACGAUGCCACAAAUAUGAAUUAAAACACAUUUAAAAUGAUCGCUUUUAGAAAUUUUUUUUAGAAAACGGAUUUAUUAUAAUUGUAAGAUAGUCAAUACGAAUCGUCAAAUUUAUACCCAAUUCGCUGUCAGAAUUGCUACUGUCCAUAGCGAUGAAAUUUAAAAGUCAACCCGUGUAUAUAAAUAGAUACCCAAUCAUUAACCCAAGUUUAACGCCCUUACGAAGACUCAGCUAGCUAGCUAGCUAGCUAGCUAGCUGAGAAGAUACCGAAAAUUGUUCGUUUUUCUGCAAUAUGCCUUUAACUUAAUUGACGAACUUCGGCGAUAUAUAAAUUAACUAGAUGCUAUAGCACAGUAGAACACACUACUAAUAACUAAAAUGAUGGUCCGAUUUUAGAUAAAGCUUGUUAUUACGAUCUAGCAACGUAUUAUUGCAAGUCUACCCGUGACCCAAUUUGUGUAAAUAAAGAAUGGCAUCGCUAAUGACCAUGUCGAGUUGACCUCAGCCAAUGGCCUGUUCUGACAACGGCUUAGGGUGAAUUAAUACGUGACCGAAGGAAGACGGCCCUUUCCUCACUCUGUUGGCCUAAAUCAACGUUCUUAAAUCGAGGAAUCAUCGUCCAGUCGGCUAUUAGGCGAACCCGUGGCGUAAAUUCAGCUUAUCUAAUAGCGGCGUCAAUUUGUUAGCAGGACGAUUUUGCUCGGUCAAAUAUACAAGCUCAAUCUCUCAAUGGACCAUAAGUACCGAAUACAUAAAUAAGACAAAUCCAUUAUGAUAAACUUGAGACAGUUCCGACCUACGACGUUAGCAUAUUAUAGUUCAGUAUCAUAUCCAGUAUGUAUGUUAUCCAAUAUCACAUAUUCAAACAACUUAUAGAUAUGAUUACCAUUAUGAAUCUGUCAUUGAUCUCUUCUUCUUAGACCUAUUCAUAUAUAUAUGACAUUGGGUGUACUAUAUAUAUAUAUAUAUAUAUAUAUAUAUAUAUAGAUAUGCGUAUAGAUGGUUCCGUCACUUUGUUGCUCCUAUGUCCGUGUAUUACUACUGAGGUGGCAGGGUAAUGGUAACUUGAAUAAUAGAUAACAACAACGAGGUACUUCAUUUGUUCGAAGCGAAUCUUUGGCGCCGGGAAAUUUUGAACGAAUGCUUCCCUAACCUGUAACGAGGGAACCUUCCCAACAGCCUAUAGUACGAACAUAGCAGAGCUUAGCUGCCAACUUGAAAAAAACUUACAUUAUGCCUGAAUUUGAAGAGGAUUAUUUUGUCUAGAUAGACCAUAUGGUACGAAAGUUGUUCUGCUAUGAAGUGAACGAACAAAAAGCUAUAUUAUGUAGAAGAAGUUACCUUUUUUAUAUGUAUUUGCAAUUAAAUAAAAUAAAUGUUAUUUUCAAU